GUUUUGCUGUGAAUGUCACUCUGCUCGGUGCAUGCGUGUUUGUGUGCGUGCGAUAUUUUGAAUGAAAAUGCGAUUGUUGUCGGUCGUCACAUUGUGCCAACUGUGAAAUACACAAGUAAAGUGGUAAUGGUUCUGUGUGAACGGUAGAAUGAGGAAAAAUGCAAGCAUAAAUGCGAUAAACAAUUUGACAUUUUGCCAUUGACAGCGCAAAAACUUCUCAUACACAAUAUUCGAUGCAAAACUUCUAUCCCACUCGUGCUCAUUCACAGUUAGCUUGGUUAUAGUAGUCGAAUGGUGUGCGUGUGGAUCGUGUAGGCCACUACAGCGUGAUGCUCUUACAAUUUCGCUUCUGGUUGGAGUAGUUAUUAUUAGUUUGUUUCUCGUGCAGUGAGUUGGUACCAAGUGAAUCAAGCGGAAAGCAUCGCGAGAAAAAGAAAGAAGAGAAGAAGAAGAACGAAAAAAAAAACAACUACACUACCAUUCAACUUCAAAUAGAUUGCGAUUAAUAGUUUUAUUUCCUAAAUUUAAACGAAAUUUCCUCAAUCAAAUGAAAAUAAUCUAAUUUUUUCUGAGUGUUUUCGUCUAACGGAAUCAUUUGGCAGGCAAAUCAAGAUUCGAUUUGAAGUGUUGUGAAUCCGAUCACAUUGUGUGCAUGUUUUUUCUCUUGCCUUUUUCACAAUUAUUCGUUGCAUUGUUGUGAAGAGAAAAAAAAUCAGAUUUGUAUCAGUUUUGCAUUCCGAAAAAAAGAGAAGAAAAAAAAACAAUGAAUAGUUCCUAUUGAUUUAAUCUGUCAAAGAAGAAAGUAUCAGAAAAGUUAUUAUUCAGUAAAAGAAAGCAACAACAACAACAACAACUGACAAAUUGUGCAUAGCAAGCAACAGUAGCAGUAAAAGUAAAAGAAAAAAAUUCAAUAAGUGCAUAAGUAUCUGAAGAUUUUUCGAGAGAGCCAAACGAAAAAAAAACGAAGGAAGCCAAAAUGAGCGAACAUGAUUUCAAACUGAACGUGGACAGUUUAAUCGACAGACUAUUAGAAGUAAAAAAAUGUCGGCCAGGAAAAGCCGUGCAAAUGACCGAACAGGAAGUACGAGGCUUAUGCUUGAAAUCACGCGAAAUAUUCCUACAACAACCGAUACUGUUGGAACUUGAAGCACCGCUCAGCAUUUGUGGCGAUAUUCACGGCCAAUUCACUGAUUUGUUGCGAUUAUUCGAAUAUGGUGGCUACCCACCGACAAACUACCUAUUCUUGGGUGAUUACGUGGACAGAGGAAAACAGUCACUGGAGACAAUAUGCCUUUUAUUGGCAUACAAAAUCAAAUAUCCGGAAAAUUUCUUCUUACUGCGCGGCAAUCAUGAAUGCGCUAGCAUUAACAGAAUUUAUGGUUUCUUUGAUGAAUGCAAACGACGCUACAACAUCAAAUUGUGGAAAACAUUCACGGAUUGCUUCAACUGUUUGCCAAUUGCUGCGAUCAUUGACGAGAAAAUCUUCUGCUGUCACGGCGGUUUAAGCCCAGACUUACAAGAUAUGGAGCAAAUAAGGCGAAUUGUCCGACCUACGGAUGUUCCAGACACCGGCCUAUUGUGUGAUCUGUUGUGGAGUGAUCCAGAUAAAGAAGUGAAAGACUGGGGAGAGAAUGAUCGUGGUGUUUCAUUCACAUUCGGUGCUGAUGUUGUAUCACGAUUUUUGCGAAUGCAUGAUUUGGAACUGAUUUGUCGCGGACAUCAAGUAGUUGAAGAUGGAUACGAAUUCUUUGCCAAGCGACAGUUGGUAACGUUGUUCUCAGCGCCAAAUUACUGUGGCGAAUUUGACAAUGCCGGGGGAAUGAUGACAGUUGAUGAAUCGCUGUUGUGCUCCUUUCAGAUAUUGAAGCCGUCAGAGAAGAAAGCAAAAUAUCAGUACAAUUCGAUAAACAACACAAGUCGAACCAACUAUCCGAAAUAAGUGCUUAUGCGCAACAAAAGCUUAACGACAAAAACAAAUCAAGCAACAAGUGGGAAAAAGUGGAAAAUUCAAACUCUUAUCAUUAAGUCAUCAUCUUAAUUAUUGUUUUUCAUUGCGUAUCAUAUUUAUUUAAAUCAAAUUUACUUAGCUCUUACCAAAUGUAAAACGAAAUUAAUCACGAUGAGCGUGAUCGGUUAUGAAAUGAUCGUAAAACGGAUUGCAAUCACAUUUUAGCGUCAAAUUUGGUUAAAAUACCGAACAACGGCUAGUUCUCUCGUCUACGUCAUCAUGUGUUUGCUCAUUCAAAACAUGUGAUUUUGUCAUAAUGCAAUUCAUUUUGUUUUGUUUCAUGUCUUUUUUUCUUUCUUUCAAUUCAUUUUAGUAUUUAUUGUCCAUGCUUUGGAAAAAAAAGAGUUCGUAUUCAAAAUUCCGGUAUUUAUGAAAACCAAGAGCAUAUACAACCCAGUUUAAAAAAAAAGUCGUUGCUUAGGUAUUAUCGUAAAGAAAAAAAUAACGGAACCCUUCAACCAAUCAAAUUCUUCAUCAAUCAAGCCCAAAACGAGCAAAUAUUUCAACUUCAAAUAAAGAAGUAUUAAGAAACGUACAUAUAUUUUUGUAUUUCUAAAUUGUUAUGAAUUGUGCAAAAAUAAAGCGAUUCAAUCUGAAAUGUACAUAGAAACAAAGAGAAAAAAGAAAUAGAAAUGAAUAUUUCUUACGUACUUAAAAUGGGAAAGAUCGAUUUCUUUUGUUCGUUUACUUUCAAACAGACAAUUUGAUUCUGUGCGUGUUCACUUUUGAUUUUGAAUCAAUUUAAAAUAUACUUAUUAUUAGACGUGGCCUUUUAACUCAAGCACUGACUGCUAGAAUGUGAAACUGAACUGAUUGAAUCAAAAUAUUUUUAGUGAAUUUAAAUGAAAUUCAAUUCAAAACGGUAUUUUUAAGUUGGAAUUGAGGCACACAUUCAAACUGAAUCAAAAAAAUCAAUAAAAAAAAAUGUUCACAAUUCAACAAAUUCCAUGGGAUUCGAUGCGACCGUCCACUAUUUUCAAUUUUCAAAAGUCAUCCGACCAAAUUUGAUCUGCACAAAAAUCUAGAAUUUUUCAUUUUCUACAUAUUCAUCACAACUCACUCAAAAUAAAGAUUGUUGACACGGAAAAAUUUCAAAGGGCUUCUAAAUGUGGUGACUUCCGUAUUUUGUAGUUAUAAAAAUGAUUUAUGUCCAACAAUUUGAAGAAGAGAAAAAAAACCUCCAACUUUUCAUCUUAAUUCCAAUUUAAAUUUCGAUUACAAAUUUAUACUCAGCCAUUCAUAUGAAAUAUUUUGUCAUUUUUAAACGUUUACACUCAAUUCGAUUGCUGUCUCAUUUUUUCAAUUAUACGUAAAAUCAAAAUGAAAACAACAAAUCAAUAUUAUGAGAACAUAAGCGUGUUCAAACACCAAUACUUUUCUCUCUACAUAUAUAUUUUAAGCAACUCAAAUCACAAUUAUCAAGUUAAAUCAAAACUAAAUAUUUCGAGUUAUGUACAGUAAUAUACUUAUGAAUUAUUAUAAAAUAAAAGAAUGAAUAUUGUCUGUUGUCAUGAAAGAAAA